AUGGGAUAGUCGUUAAAGCACAGAUUUGGGAUACUAGUGGGUCAGAGAGAUAUAGAUCAAUUACAACUGGGCAUUAUAGAUCGGCAGUUGGGGCUUUGCUAGUCUUUGAUAUUACUGACAGAGAAAGUUUCGACUAAUUACCAUAUUGGCUAAAUUGUCUAAGAGAACAUGCAGAUGAAAACCUAGUAAUUGCUUUAAUGGGUAAAAAUUCGUUUUUAAACACAACAUAUAGCUAAUAAGUUUGAUUUGGUGAUGGAGAAUGAAUAGCUUCGAUAAGUACCUAAACUAGAAAUAAUGAAGUUCGUUUAAGAUAAUGAACUUCUUUACAUAGGAGAAUCAUCAGCAUUGGCUGAUAUAAACAUUAAAGAGGUAGUUGAAACAUUGAUGGAAAGUAAUAAAUUUAACAUUAAACUUACAUUUAUUUCAGAUAUACAUGAGGUUCAAUAGAAAGUAUAAGAAAAGAAGGUAUAGAACUCAAUGAAGUUGAAGGAAAAGUACUCAAGAACUGAUAGUAGUCUACCAAAUUAAUCGAAUAAUCCUUGCUGCUGA